AUGGAGGAACAACCUGAUAGCUCCAAAGAAUUCCAGUUCGUCUUUGAGGAUGACUCAGCAGACCUGCUGUUCCUAAAGCAGUUUGAGAUUCUCUCAGUCUUGAAGGGAGAUCUACAACCGAUUCUGCAGUUUUUGGAUAAUGCCACAUUUAGUGAUGUGAAAGAGAACUUCCCUUACCAAGACGAAGAGAGUUUAAAGUUGAUCAAAAUCAUGCAAAUGGGCAUCCAAUAUAGCCUUUUUACACAGAAAGUACUCAAGAAAAAGGCUGAGCUCUGAUCGCAAUAUGCUCUAUAUGAGGAUCUCAACUAUGAAAAGCUCAAGGAGUUCUCUAAGAAGCAGAGAAGGAAAAUAGCUGAACUGAAAAAGCGACUAGCUAGUUACGAUGAGACCUUAGAUCAUUUCCAAAAGAUCAGGGAUAAGCAAGAUGAGCACGAAAUUGGUGAGGAGAUAUAGAGAGAAUA